ACAUCUAGCCCAAGCUAUAAGGGACUGAGAUAAUCGACGGACAGGAUGGCGCUAUCCACCAUCGGCCCAUUGAGAUCGACGAACCAAACUGCCCCCAAACCCCUCUCGGCCUCCUGCCCUCCUCUCAAGCUCGAAAACUCACCUCCUCGCAUGGCGCCGCCGCUCGCCGCCAUUCUACGCCGGCACCUCCCCCUCCUCCCCCGCCUCCACCUCCUCCUCUCAUCCCACCACCUCCGCCUCUCCACCUCUCACUACCCGUCCGACCAAAGCGACUUCGAACCCGACCCCGACAACUCCUUCCCACCCCCCGACGACGACGGCGAGCUCGCCUCCUUUCUCCACCGAAUCUCCAGCGCGGCCUCCGCCGCCUCCUCCCUGAAGCACGCUAUCUCCCUCCUCCUGUCCUCCUCGUCCUCGUCGGGCCAGUCGCCGGCCUCCCCCGCCCUCCUCGUCCGCGCGCUCUGGGAGCUGCGCCGCGAUCCGGACGCCGCCGCUCUCGCGAUCCGGUAUGGCGACGCGUGCUCCGCCGUAUCUGGGGACGAGGGACUAGGGGAGGGACCGCCGCCGCCGGCCGAGGCGUGGCACCUGGCCGUAUGGGCCACGGGGAAGGCGCGGCGGUUCGACCUCGCGUGGGCGGUCGUGCGGCGGAUGCGGCGCCGCGGGGUGCUCACCCCUCGCGCCAUGGUUAUCCUGAUGGAGAGGUAUGCGGCUGCCAAUGAAGUGAAUAAAGCAAUCAAGACAUUUGACGUGAUGGAGAAGUUUAAAGUGGAAGCAGAUCAAACUGUGUUUUACUCCCUUCUUCGUGCUCUUUGCAAAAGCAAAAACAUAGAGGAUGCUGAGGAGUUGCUUCUUCUGAGAAAGAAAUUCUUCCCACUCACUGCAGAAGGUUUCAAUAUAAUUCUAGAUGGUUGGUGCAAUGUGAUCACUGAUGUGGCUGAAGCUAAGAGAGUCUGGAGAGAAAUGUCAAAUUACUGCAUUACUCCUGAUGGUAUGUCUUAUACUCUCAUGGUCAGUUGUUUCUCAAAAGCAGGGAACCUUUUUGAUACCCUGAGGGUUUAUGAUGAGAUGAAAAGGAGGGGUUGGACUCCUGGUAUUGGUGUUUAUAAUUCACUUAUCUAUGUUCUGACAAGAGAGAAUUGCAUGAAGGAUGCACACAAUAUAUUCAGCAAACUUACAGAUGAAGGCCUCCAACCAGAUGUUGAAACAUACAACAGUAUGAUAAUUCCACUUUGUGAAAGUUGCAAGCUGGAUGAAGCGCGAAUGGUGAUGGAAGGCAUGAUACUUAAGGGUAUUGUUCCAACCAUUUUGAUGUACCAUGCAUUUUUGAAACAAGAAGGCAUUGACGAAUCAUUGAAACUUUUGCAAAAAAUGAAGGAGGAUGGUAAUGGCCCUAACAGUGAUACAUUUCUGAUGCUUCUUGAUAAGUUUUUUCAAGUAAAUGAGUCUGGAAAUGCUCUUAGAGUGUGGAAUGAAAUGAGAAGAUAUGACAUUAGCCCUGCUCGUUCACACUAUAUGACCGUGGUCCAAGGUUUAGUUAAACAUGGAUGUAUACCAAGAGCAUUAGAGUAUUAUGACGAAAUGAAGGAAAAAGGUUUUGCUUCUGAUACACAACUUGAUAAGGAAUUCAAAACCUUUCUGUUGGCCAACAGAGACCACUGGAGAGGAGCAGGCAAAUACAAUAUUAUUCCACAACGUGGCAAACAUUUUACAAGACGGUCAAGAAUGCAAUAACAAAUGUGGUUCGAUUAAGUUUGCUUCUAGUGCAUUUUGUGAUAUGGGGGACUUUAUGCCAACAAAGGUGAAUUGGACCAAUGAGAGGACAGAGUUGGAUCAUCAGGCUUUAUUGAACAUUACUGUAGAAUCUGCAGUCUUACAUGCAGAAAAAAAAUAUUACAAAGUAAUACUAGGAAGUAGGAAGUGGAUGCCACCAGUUAGGUUGAAUCAGUAAAAGGCUAAAUGCAACAAGUUAGCUA